CAUUCACUUUAUAAAUCUGCAGAGUUGUUUUGUUUUGUUUGUCAUUAUUCUUUUCUUCUCCAAACAAACAAAAAUAGCAAUUACAGAUAUCCAUUGGUAAAGUCCACCCACUCUUACGGGCAAAAAGAACGAUAGGCUAGUAAUUUUUUUCCUAUUACGGCAUUGCAUCAAUUUAGUCUAUUCGUGUAUAAUCAGAAGAAGAGAACCUUCGACUGGCAUCAUGAACAAUUGUUCAUCCUAUAUUUUAUGUCUUAUUCAUUUACUUGUAUUAAACGGAUCUUCUCGGAAGUGUUGGCCACAGAUAUAUGAAGGGAGACGGAAAAUCCACUUUACAUUUACUGAUGGAUCUGAGCUAGCUGAGGAAUAUGACUUCAAGUCUGAUGAAUUAAUAGUGCGAAAAUGGAAAAGGAAAGGAACUUUAGGAGGCCAUGGCAGAUGGGAGAUGGAAGUAGGGGAACAGCAUGCACCUGUGAAUUUAGAUGUUGAAGGUCUGGUUGAGAGCAAUGUCAAUCCUAUUUUUGUUCGCAAAGACACCAAGUCACAUUACCAGUGGAGGAUCAGGAACCUUCCAUAUCCCAUUGCCAACUAUAAUGUUACAGUGAAACAAGAGGACAGACAAAUUGUCAUAUCAACUGUGAACAAAAAGUACUACAAGAAAUUUGGAAUUCCAGACCUUGAUCGGUGCAGCCUUCCACUUGAACAAGCUGCAGUUGAGGUUGCGCAUGCCAACAAUACUCUGAUCAUAUCUUACAAGAAACCCGGAACUGUUCUGGACUUCGAGAAGAAAAUGAUGAUGGAGAUCAAAAAGUUGAAAGCAUCCAAAGAUGGAGACGUGGACUGUACUCCAAGCUGACAGAAGAUGUACAGGAUUUUAAAUAAUUUUGUCAAAUCAAGGUCUCAUUUCUAGCAUCAUUUCCAAUAUAUGCAAUUCAAUCACUACUGCUAUUUCAUAUUAUGUGCUCAAUAAAAACCAAAAAUGCAUCCCU